CUGCAUCAUAAUGUACUUUUUCCAGAUGCGAGAAUCCUCAGCGCGAGCUUCGUCGUCUCGAUCGACCGUGUCGAUCUCCAAUUUGCGUGGAUUCGGUAUGGAUGCGCACGAUUUCCCGGACGACCUCCAGGUGCAGGCGGUCCACCGCCGCAAUCUAUGCCGCCACCACCACAACCGUUUCCCCCAAAUGGUGCUGGUGCUCCGCCACCACCUCAUAAUUUACUGGCGAUGCAGUUGCUUACAUCCACAUUUCAGGCUGGCCCCCAACAACCUGUAUCGAAUCCAGUUGGACUAGGAUCUAUGUUUGGCAGUAAUGCAUUCGGUGGAAGUCAAGAUUUACUUCGAUCUUCCCAUCCUGGCGCAAAUCAGCCGUUUGGCGGUCAACCGAUGGCAAUGUCACCGUCGUCGCAAAUGAUGCGAUCUGGCAUGCCGCCAGCGCCGCAACGACAGAAUUCGGCCAGCGGAGUUGGUUGGCAAAUGCAAGGACCUGGACAACAACGGGGUCCACCUACACCAUCCCAACAGAUGGAUUUUCAACCGCAACCACCGCCUACGUCUUCACAGGUUGAUCUUCGUUCGGCUCCAAUGCCAUUAGGUGCGGGUCCUGUCGUCAUCGAUGACAUGAACUUUCCGAAGGAUGUGCAGGACGAAGCCAAUAUGUAUUUCGAGCAGAUUUACAAUCAAUCAUCUCUUGUGGGCGAUUUGAUAAUGCGCUUGAAAGGUUUGAAGAUGUCGCAGAAUCCUCGAGACCAAAAGGUUCUGGCAUGUGUCGUAAAAAACCUGUUUGAAGAAUAUCGAUUUUUCCAUGAAUAUCCAGAACGUGAAUUACGAACCACUGCCGAGAUUUAUGGUGGUAUUAUUAGAGAAGGAAUAAUCAGUAAUUUGCAUUUCGCAACGGCAGUACGAAAAGUGAUUGAAUCUCUGCAGUCAGAAGUUGGUAGUAUGUUGUGGACGUUUGGUAUAGUCUCACUGACAGCAUGUCGAUCAAAGCUGUGUUCCUAUCCUAAGGUAUAUCACUGGAAUUUCUAA